GGGCGCUGUGGCAGCAUCGAAUGGAGAUCUCACAAGAGAGCCGGAUCCCGAAGGAUAGUCUGCUCAACACCUUGGACAGCCAUGGCGAAAGACCAGGACGAAGAAGGAAUUGCUGGUGAAUGAGGCGAACGGGCUGUUCGUGGCUGCGGAGGGGGGAUGGAAGGCGAACCCUGACGGAGGUACGGCAGCGUGUCAUUGGCCCGCCUGAGCUCCAGCUCUCUCCAAAGGGCCACGCCGCAUCUUGAGUUCCUUGAGAUAAACACAGUAAUUCUGUCUGCGACACCACCCUCUCUCUACUUUGUUGAUAUACCAGGCUUACAACCAUAUCUGACAUUUACUUCUCAACUUGAUUUCUUUUGAUUUGGAUUGCAUCCAUGGCAGACCACAAGGUGCCAGUCUAUUCUACCAACGACCUCAAGUCAACCAGCGAUGAUGCUCUACUCCCCUACCUAACGAAUCUUCCUGCACCCUACACCUUCUCGGUAGACAAUACCAAGAGCAACAUCCGCUUCGUGCUAGGAUACAGCGCCGUCGCAAUUGCAGGUUUCACCUUCUAUGCGGACCGCAAACUAGGCUGGGAGGCGACCACGUCACCGUGGAUUAUUACUGCCGUGGUGUCAUACUUUAUCCUCAACAGCGCGUUGACAUUUUGGAUCUGGGCCGUCGAGGCUGGCGAGGUGUUUUACGGAAAGCGCACGACUGGAGAGACUAUCUCCAUCUCCUCGUCCGUGCAGAAGCACUCCGUUCCAUACAAGCUACACGUGGUAUACAAAUCGCCCACCGGCAAAGUCUUGCAGGACAAGAAGUUCGAAGCACCCUUUACCAACUGGUUCUCUGCCGACGGUGUCUUCCACCCAGAGCCUUACCGCCGCUGGUUGGCCAGUGAGGUUGACGUGCUGAGAUUGGCGGCCAAGGAGAACGAGAAGAAAACUGGAGGUGCUUCGAAGUAAGAGGAUAGCACCGGAAGUGCUAGCAAGACGGUAGGAGGAAUCUAGCUGGAUCGGAAUCUCAUAUAUCAAUCUCAUUUUGGCUGUUGGUCAUGUGCGAGUGCCAAUUGAAGGGCCAAAAAAAUGCAUUUUGAAAAGCGAGGGCAGGUUUACAUGUCGUAGUCAAAUGUGACAGUCUCACGAUCAUUAGGAAAUAUUUCAGUCUUGCUCCACUGUAGUCAUGCGUUGGGUUUGGAAGGAUAUACAACAAGUAUGAAAAAUAACAGCGAGAAUGGAGCGAUCACAUUCCCCAGUGUACUCAAAAUGGCUAAAAACAAAAGAUUCUAUAUAGAUAAUUUUUCAGACAUGACGACCUCGUGACAUCCAUCAUUUCGAUUUUGGCUCCUAGGACGAUGCCUCCAGAGUGCCCGGUCGCUCGGUGGCGGCAGCAGGCUGGACGUUGUCCACCCGGCGGUUCUGGAUGAG